CGCAAUCUCCCUUCCCCCUCCCCACCAGCCAGCAAGCAGAGGAAGCAAACCCACCCCAAGACGACAAUAACAUAAAAUGGGUCUCGACGAUGUCCCCGUGGCCCAGGCCGUGACUGUCAGUCUGAAGGAGCUCGUUGACGGAACCGUCUCCUUCGACACCCUCACGGAAGCAUUCGGCCCCGCGUCUCUAGGAAUCAUCCUGGUCAAGGACCUCGAUCCGCGCUUCGUGGAGCUGCGCGCGAAAGUCCUCUCCAAUGCGUCGUAUUUGGCUUCGUUGCCGGAGGAGGAACUUGAAUCCCUCACCUCCCCAAGCAGCAAAUACCUAACCGGCUGGUCACUGGGCAAAGAAACCCUACGAAGCGGACACUUCGACACACACAAAGGCUCCUACUACCUCAACUGCGCCUUCUACCAGGACGCCUCCCUCCAAGGCGCCCCCUCCACCCACUACCCCGAUCUAUCCGAGUACACGGCGCCGAACAUCUGGCCCGACGAGACCUCCCUCCCGACGUUCCGGAGCAGCAUGGAGGAGCUGUGUCGACUGGUCAUUGAUACGGCGGCGUUGGUAGCCAGAGCGUGCGAUCGGUUCGCGGAACGGAACGUGCAGGGGUAUGAGACCGGGGGGUUUUUGGAGAGGUUGGUGAGGGGGAGUUUGACGAGUAAGGCGAGGUUGUUGCAUUAUUUUCCUAAUGAAUCUUCUUCUUCAACUUCCACUUCAGCUGCUGGGGAAGAUGAUGAUGAUGACUGGUGCACCACCCAUCUCGACCACAGCUGCCUCACGGGCCUCACCUCCGCCAUGUUCAUCGACGAAUCUGCGCACCCGCCCUCCGGUGACCUCGUCGACCGCUCCGCCACCCUCCCCGAACUCCCCGCCAGCCCCGACCCCAAAGCCGGCCUGUACAUCCGCUCCCGCACCGACGCCAUCGUCAAGGUCGAUAUCCCGCGCGACUGUCUGGCGUUUCAGACCGGGGAGGCCCUGCAGCUGAUCACCCGCGGGCAAUUUCGGGCUGUGCCGCAUUUCGUCAAGGGCGCGAGGGAUGUUGGGACCCAGGGCCAGGGUGGGAAGAGGAGGCUGAUUGCGAGGAAUACCCUGGCUGUGUUUACGCAGCCGAAUUUGGAGGCGGAGGUGCAGCCUGGGGUUACGUUUGCGGAUUUUGCGAGGGGGGUGGUGGAGAGGACUUAUUGAUAUGAUGUCUCUUAUCUGAGGGGAGGGGUGCUGCUGGGUGUAGUGCUGGUGUAGAUAUAUGAUGGAGGGAAAUUAUUAUUGCAUUUUGCAUUAAAUUGAAUGAAAUGAAAUGAAACGACGCGCUUGGUAUCGGACUGAAGGAAAGAACCUCGCGGAGUGUUAAGUACAUCGGAUCGAGAAGUACAUCGGACGAG